UUUUAUUUUUUCAGAAAAAGAACAGAGGGGCCAAGCCAAUGACUUGAGAAUUGAAAUGGCGCAAUACGGUGUCGUAUGGAUUGGCGCGAAAUUAUCUUAAGAUUUAACCUGAACUGGAAUCACGCCGUAGAAGAAGCAGCAAACGUAAAAGUAGAGAAUUCUCUUCGAAUCUUCUCAGCCAACGAUUCUUUAUCUGCUGAAAUAGACCUCAAUUUUCUCGGGAGCAAUCAAAUUCUCUCCGCUGUCGAGAACCACCGUCUGGAGUACUGAGCUCUGCGCCGCCGCAUCCGGUGCGAAAUGGAGACUACGAUGAAACAAAGUGUAGGAAAUAAGCUGGAAAGAAAAGAGAACUCGGACAAUGUGAACGACGGUGUCGAGACCUUUUGGACAAUUUGUCCGUAUUGCUAUUAUAUCUACGAGUACAAGAUAGAGUAUUUUGACUGCUGUCUCCGGUGCCAGAACUGUGAAAGGGCUUUUCAUGCGGUCGCCAUUGAUGGACCACUACCCCAGACUACGCUGGUGGAAGGAAAGGAGCAGUAUAAUGUUUGUCUUAGAUUAUUUCAAAUUUGCUACUCCGAUGAACCGGUAGCGGUUGUGAUUGAUAAAGAAAUAAUGGCGGAUGUUAACAGUAACACUACUGUAGUUUAUAAACUUGAGGACGAUGAUGGUAGUAGUACCACACAACGGAGAAGGGUGAUUGCGAACGACGAGGGCACUUCAGGCCAUUGCUAUAUUGAUGAGUUUUGUGAAAAUUCGCCGGAGCAAUCGGAUAGCAUUGAAAAAGAUGAUCGUGCAGAGCAAGAGAUUGAGCAGUUGCAAUCAAGAAUUCGUGAGAUUGAGAAUGAAGGUAAAUCGAUGGCUGAUCAUUCGAAGGACAGACUCAACGGGGAAUCUGAACACAAGAGGAAGAGUAAAUCUGGCGAGCUGGAAUCUUACAUUGAAGGCGAUGAUGAUAUCUUCGUUGGUUUACCAAAUCUUUGGUGAUGGAUGGGACGGAAGAGAAAAUAAAGUCAAUUUAGCUUUAGUGUUGGAAAUGGCGACCAUUGUAUCUAGAGUGCAGAUUACUUUUGUUCGUUCCCAAAUUGUUUUGUACAGUCGGAAACUGGUGAAUGAAUAGAAUACUGGAAAAACUCUCUCUUGAAGUACCAAAAAGAGGUCUUCGCUUUGUAAG